AUGGCUUCUCGGAAAAAGAUUGCCAUGAGCCUCUCGAGUCGCAUCAGUUCUUGCAAGAGCCACGGAAAUAAAACGUCAGGGGUUGUCAACACCUUGUGGUACCCGUGCGUUGGUUUUCAACGAGCCUUUGAUCUGGGUUCCGCGAGGGAAUUCCUUGAAAUGGGAAAUCUUGACAAGCUGUCUUCUGUUCAGAAACUGCUCAACCUUGCGGCGGAUUCGCAAAAAUCCAACAGUCAAACAGAUGUUUCGGUCGAAUGGAUCAUCAAGGGGAAAUCGAGACCCUUUAUUACAGUCGCAGUUCUAGUCCUUGUAGUACUCGGCUUCUCCAUUGCAUUCAAUGCGGUGUUAUGUCGUCGGUUGGCACUGCUGGAGAAAAAUUUAGCAUCCCUCCAACACUUGGUUGAAACUUCAACCCUGAUUCUUACUCCCGACCCUGCUGACAGGAGCGAAAUUCGCACUAAACGUCAAACAAGAAACGAUAAUGCGACUAAUACGCGUCGAAAAAAUGGCCGUGCUGCAAACGUAAUCAGAGGCGUUCAGUUCCGACCGUGCUUCAGCGACGUUUUGGAUUCGGAAAGCAAUGGAGGCCUGAUAACGGAUUGGCAUCCAGAAUGGUCCUCGAAUCCGUUCAAGUACGAUUUCGACCCUGUUACUAGAAGUGUGAUGACCGUGUUGGAGGAUGGAAUUUACAUGGUUUACGCUCAGGUGUAUUUCCUAAACAGCUACGAAGUGAGCAGUUUCGAGAUCCUCGUUCGCGGAGGCAACGCAGUCACAGCGGAACGUGAGAAAGUCCUCGCUCGGUGUUCAGACUCGGGAUCCACACUGACUCCCAUCAACAAACGCAGUGAAGCUUCGUGUUACACUUCAACCAUUGUCCCACUGUCGAAAGGAGACUCAAUUUUCGUGCGAGUGAGAGAGACUAGCCGAGUUUUGAACGCAUCCCGCGGGAACACGUUUCUUGGGGUGUUUAAAUUAUCAAAGAGCUCUGCUGAUGAGGCAGUUAUGGGGAAGAAGGGUUUAGAUCCCCAGUGUCCGAUAUCCUGAAUUUUCAGGUAUGAUCCGUUUGUGUAACGGUGAUAUUAUGCAUCCUCUGAUUCAGUGUUCCCCAAUCUUUUUGUGCCCACAGACCGGCAAAUUUCCAUGACAUUUUUGUAUACUAUUAAAACAAGCUAAAAAUUUUUGACACCUGCCAUGAAGUUCUCCAAACAAAAAUGUUAAUGCAAAAAUUAAGUUGAGAAUGCCUUCAAAGAAUUAUAAAUCUGUGUUUCAAGAAAAGUUUCUAGGAAUAAUUUAUUUUGGUGGGUGAAAGUUUGUCUGAAGUGUCAUGAGAAAAGCCGAACUUAUAUUUUUGUCAGAUUCUUUCAACUGCCAUUUUCUCUUUCAAUUUUUAAGAUAAAGAUACCAGACUUUAUAACUACCUUUGAUAAAUUUAUUAUGCUGAAGAAAAUUUCCUGUUGACCAGCAAAAAACUUCUGUGGACAGGCACCAGUUGGCAGACCACUGCUCAGUUUGGUGUGGACAGCACAGAGCUCUGUGCUUUUUUUUAAGAAUAUGCUGAAGGAUCGGCAACCAGUUUUGUGUUCUGUACAUAGGAAAGAAGAAUUAUCUGCUCACAUUUUUUUCUGCAAUGCUGGUUGUGGAGAUUCCCUGAAGGAAACAUUUGGUUGAGAAACUUGCUCUUUUUCCACCCCCCCCCCCCCCCUCUUCCAAAUUAUGGAUCAAAAUGACUUUCCUCAUCAUGAAUAGAUCUCCUGUUUCUGACACCUCGUGAGAAAGAAAGAUUUGUAUCUUCCUUGUCAAGCAGGAAAGCUCUAAAUGAGUUGAAAUGUUUUCCAUGGGUCUAAAAAAUGGAUGAUCCAUGGAGUGUUUGCAGAAAGACUACCAUAUUUGCUCAAGUACCACAUGCACCUAAAAAAUUUACCUCAAAUUGGGGUGUGCAUCAUACUAAAGUGUUCCUUCUUCAGCAAAUUUUCUACAUUUUUCCUAUCGUUGAAGACAAAUUUUGGAAUGAAGCUAUUUCAGAGACAAAUUUUUGAAAAUAUGUAUUUAUACUCAAAUAAAACAGACAGAUGAAAAUGUGAGACAAGAACAAACUCAUACAAAAUUAAAUUCAAAUUUAAUUUUCUAAAUUUCAAUUUUUAGCAUGUAAUUCUUCAAUUGAAUAGACUUCAGAGUCACAGAAAAGUGGGCUGUGUGUCUUACAAAAGGAUUUAUUUUUCUCAAAAAUCAAGGUGCAUGUGUUACAUGAGUGCAUGUGAUACUUCAGUAAGAACAGUACUGUCCUUGUGUUUUUCAAGAGACCUACAGUGAUUUUACUGUAUUGUAAAUAAAAAUUUCUUUUGGAAGGGGGGGGGAGGUUGAGAAAAAAGUUUCAACUUGUUGCUCCACUUGGCCUGUCAACAUUGUAUUAUCAUCUACCAAUUUGUGCUUCCAUAUCAGUAGUGAUAAGGCGCGAAGAAAAAAUGAGUCAACAGAAUAAAAGUGAAUGACUGACAUGUGCCUUGAGGAUAGAAAGAGAGCUUGCCAUUUUUGUUGCUGCCUGAAUGCUCAUCAGUGCUCAGUCUCAGGAAGCAUUGGUGUGAUAAUUGCUGAUUUUCGAGCUUUUUUGUUUUUGCUGAGAUGAAGGAACCCGUUUUGUAAGAAAUUGUUCUGUGACUUGAGUUGUGCGGAAACAGUCAAGCUACAAACUGAACUGCGGCAAUAAAUAGGGCUUCUUUGUACGGAAA